AUGGACGGCUUCCUCCAAGCAGACACCGAAAACGUGCGAAUCUCCAAGUCGCCCAGACGCUCACCCCAGAUCACCGAAUCCCUCACGUCUCCCAUCCGCUCCGUCCAAGCCCUGCAGAUGGAAUCACUCCACUCCCAAGCCGACGUCGGCAUGCGAACGACAGACUUCUUCGAGGACUCCUCCGAACCCUCUCUGCACAGCGAAGACCACGGCGUCGUAGCCCCAGACGCCAAUCUUAUCGACCGGAACGAGACGGCGGAGAAGAGGCGACAGACGUUUCCCUCAAGCGAACCGUUCGCGCCACAAUCGGAAAGUCGUCCUGGAAGGGCUGGACAGGACCGGCAGGGCUAUCAGCGUUUGGCAGCGCAGGAGGCCCCGCCCCGUCCUCGCCGCAUGAACACGGCAAGCAGCUCUUUCAAUGGCUCGGUCGACGAGCUGCUUCCGCAAGAACAUCCAAGCAGUCCUCCUGAGCUGCGCAGAUCCCGCAACGUAACGGGAUACACGCCGCGAAGCUCCGCGCUCCUCGAUCGGCAGGAGCUUCAUCAUAGCUUGAUGCCAACCCCAAAAGUCGACCCGACACUCGGCGCAUACGCUAUCGCGCACGAGAUAACUCUCAACGCCCUGAUGAGAGACGAAGCAGCAUUGGAUCGAAGUCUGCAGUCCUUCGCUCCGUUGUCCGCCGAAGGACGCCAGUCCAUCCUCACAACUGCCUUUGAUCCACGUAGUCCGCGUCGGCCCGACUUCUCUUCGCCAGCGACUGCGAAGAAGUCAGUCCACGUAGUGCCGCCACCCAUCGAUACGACUGUGCCGAAGCGAUCGAUACCGGCAGAUAUAGUGCGUACGCCGUACCCAUUCUCUCCGGAUCAUCCGAAACGGAAAGACUUUGGCCAGAACAGUCCUGCGUCAGCUGGUGUGGGAUGUGCGUCGAGUACGGAGAGCACGCUCACAGUGAGCAUCCGGCGAAGGAACGCGAACAGCAAGGCCCGCGUCACCAGCUUGACCAUCCCGGCGACGAACGACUUCACGGCUGUUCGAUCACACAGCGUUGGUGCGAAGGAAAGGCACUUCAAAGCUCUGGACUUUGAUGAUUCGCAGUUCUUCCUGGAGCUGCGACGGUACUACAAAGAGUUGAGCGGGCCACUUCGCUUCCUCAGUGCUCGGUCGUUGAGGCGAAUCGCUGUCAGCGGUGCGGCUACGAAGGCGGCAGAUGUUGGCGAGGAGCAGAUAUUGCGACACUAUCGCAAACCCGCGCUAGGCCAGUCGAGGUACGCAUUUGUGCACUGGGCGCAUCGUCUGGCAUCUGCGACAUCCAGUCGAUUCGAGAGAUCUGAGGGCGGAACACCAGAAGGUGAGAGCAAGGAGACUCCAAUUUCGAGCGAGCAUCCGGAAGGUCUUGAGUUCGUCGUUUCGUGGUCGGUGCUACGCAUACUGGUGGCGAUGCUGCUGGUGUUUGCGCUCAGUACUGCUGCGGCGCUGCUAUGGAUCUUCCUGGGGCGCAGCACAUCAGCCGACUGGCCGCCUAGGGGAGGGUUCAGAGAUGCUGGGGAUCGCGUCGGAGCAGGCGUCCUGGUUGGCAUAUGCGUGCUGCUGUUCGGUGCCAGCAGCAUAGCUGGGUGGCUUGGGUUGAGUUGGCUUGUCAUAUAA